AUGGCCCCGCCUCGGACCGCGUCGUCAGAGGGCGUUAUGCUGAUCCCAGCCAUUUCCAAGAACAGCACGACUGGCUACAAGAACGUGGCCUACGACCGCAGCAAAAUGAAGUUCCAGGCGAAGGUGAAGGCUGGCGGCCAGCAUGUCCGCCUCGGCUACUUCGACACCGCCGAAGAGGCGGCCACCGCCUACGCUCAGUCAGAGUACGGCCGCGCCGACGCCGCCAAGCUGCUGCAGCCCCGCCCCGCUCCCACUCCCGCUGGCGCCGAGGCGAUACGGCAGGCGGAGAGGGAGGGCCUCACCCUCACCGCCAGUAGCAGCAGCAACACCGGCUACAAAGGCGUCUGCUACCGCCCGAAGCAGAAAGGCAGCCAGAAGUACCAGCUGAAUGUGAGGGUUGGAGGCAAGAUGGUCAAUCUCGGCUACUUCGCCACCGCCGAGGAGGCGGCGCUCUUCUACGCCCGCAGGGAGGCGGGCAUGGACACGCUCGCCCGCGAUCUCUCUGCGCCGCCGCUGCCGCCGUCCUCAACCUCUGCGGAGCUGCCAGUGUACGAGCUCAGCAUUCUGACGCCUGAGCAAAUGGCCGCCAACCCGACAUAUAGUCCAUCGUCCAAUUUGGACUAUAGUCGAGCGCGUCGGAGAGGCGGCCGCCGGAUGACGCAGCUGCGCUUUGAUGGCGAGCUCAUGAACGGCCUGCGUUCCUGCUCGAAGACCCGUCUUAGGCCCGUCUGGUCAGCGCCGCUGUCGCCGCGCAGAGAUCGGCGCGAGCAGUCGCUCGAGGUGCUCUACUGGCUGGCGGUGCUCAAGGGGCAGGCGCACACGCUGGCCGAGGACACGGUCGUCAACACACCGACACCAUCCCCGCGGGCUAUCUCGUGGUCAAGGCGCAGUGGCUUCAGGCUCGAGCAACGCGAGUGCGAGGGCAAGCUUCGCUCCUACACGCUGCUCGAGGCCGAGACGCUCAUCAUCGUGAAUCACAUGCUGAGGAGCGCGCGCGAGAAGCUCUAUAUUGGCCUACAGACGCAUUACUCGCUCGAGGGCGUGCUGCAGUGA